AGCCAUGCGGGCUGCAUCAGGUCAACAGCCAUGGGCUCGGUUGGGGGAGACCACUUCAAGGACAUCAGCCCCGUGGUGACUCCUGAAGGGAACGUCGUGAUGAGUUUCAGCUUUGACAGCUACCAACUGGAAGAAGAGGAGCUGCAGGCUAAGGGGUGCCAAGCCAAAGGAGUUCUCACCUUCAUGGAGCCAGUCUGUGAAGACCCCAAACCCCAGGAUCGCUACCACGGCAUUUAUUUUGCUAUGCUGCUAGCAGGAGUCGGCUUUCUCUUGCCUUACAACAGCUUCAUUACAGAUGUGGAUUACCUUCAUCACAAGUACCCGGGAACCUCUAUCGUCUUUGAUAUGAGCCUUACCUACAUCUUGGUAGCAUUGGUAGCUGUCAUCCUGAACAACGCCCUGGUAGAAAUGCUGAGCCUCCACACCAGAAUCACCGUGGGGUACCUCUUUGCUCUCGGCCCGCUUCUUUUCGUCAGCAUCUGUGACGUCUGGUUAGACCUUUUCACCCGGCGGCAAGCUUACGCCAUCAACCUCAUUGCGGUGGGCGUGGUGGCUUUUGGUUGCACAGUGCAGCAAUCCAGUUUCUACGGCUACACCGGGAUGUUGCCGAAGCGCUAUACUCAGGGAGUGAUGACUGGCGAGAGCACGGCCGGCGUCAUCAUCUCUCUGAGCCGUAUCUUCACCAAACUCCUGCUGUCGGAUGAGAAGGAAAACACCAUCAUCUUUUUCUUCAUCUCCAUCAGCCUGGAACUCACCUGCUUUGUCCUCCACCUGCUGGUGAAGCGGACCCACUUUGUGAAGUAUUACACGGCUCGCUCCCGGGAUGGGGCCCCCGAUUUCAAAGGGAGCCUGGACCAUGGGACCGGGUAUCGGGUUCAUCACGACGUCACCGCAGAGGACAUCCAAUUCGAGAAUCGGACCCACGGGCAGGAAGGAUCCCCUCCCAACGCUUUUGGGCAGGAAGGCGAACUGGCCGGCAGCGGGACCUACAUGCGCUUCGACGUCCCACGGCCCCAAAUCAAGCGCAGCUGGCCCGGCUUCCGAGAUAUGAUGCUGCAUCGCUACAUCGUCUCCCGAGUGAUCUGGGCCUAUAUGCUGUCCAUCGCGGUGAGCUACUUCAUCACACUGUGCCUCUUUCCUGGACUGGAAUCAGAGAUCCGGAACUGCACCCUCGGGGAGUGGCUCCCUAUUCUUAUCAUGGCCAUCUUCAACCUUUCGGACUUUGUGGGCAAGAUCUUGGCUGCCUUGCCUUAUGACUGGAGGGGGACCCACCUUCUAAUCUAUUCUUGCCUGAGAGUGGUUUUCAUUCCCCUGUUCAUCAUGUGCGUCUACCCCAACGGGAAGCCCACCUUCAGCCACCCAGCCUGGCCUUGCGUCUUUUCCCUCCUCAUGGGCAUCACCAACGGUUACUUCGGCAGCGUCCCCAUGAUCUUGGCAGCGGGCAAAGUGAGCCCUGAGCAGCGAGAACUGGCGGGGAACACCAUGACCGUGUCCUACAUGACGGGGCUCACUCUGGGCUCUGCCGUGGCCUAUUUCGCCUACAGUCUCACCAGGACCUCCCACAGCACCUGCUUCCACACGGAGACCUACAACGGUACUAUCACAGCCGGCUACUGAACGAGGCAUCCACCCCCCACCUCCCAUGGAUGGUGUCCAGUCUGUCGGACGAGCCGGAGUGAGAGGGCCCCGGGGAACGAACCCUCCACCAGGAGCAACCUUGUCCCAGAGACAUUUGGGUGGAAAAUCCCAAAAACACACACACACAAAAAAAUCCCCCACCUCACCCGCUUCCCUGCUCAGUUAUCACAAAGGACACUAAAUCCACACAGGAGGUUCGCCUUUAUAACUCUCGUUCUGGUGGGACGCGCCUGUUUGGGCCCGCUGGGCUUGUGUAGGAUCUCAUUUCCCACGAUUCCUUUCCAUGGGCCAGAUCCAACGGUCGACCCCAUACUGCCAUAGUAUAUUCCAGCAUUAUUGUCUUUACUGGCAUGCACGUCUGCCAUCUUGAGGCAGCCAUCUUGAGG